AUGGGUGAGUACGCAGGUGUUAACGAACUUCAUGCAUGGAGGGAUGAUUGGAUCAUUAAGGUCAAGGUUUACAAGCGCUGGUCAGUUAAAGACGACGCAGGCUUACCGGCAAUGAACUUCAUAUUUGUUGACGAGAAUGGUAACAGGAUCAAUGGAUUUGCUACAAACAGAGCACUAUCCUAUUUUGAAUAUGUCUGUACCGAAGGAAGAUGGGUGAGGCUAACUAAUUUUCGGAUAGCCAAUUCUGAAUGGGAAAUGAAGGGAAGGACUACAAACCACAGUCACCAAAUUAUCCUGACACACGAGGCAAAGGCUGGAACUCUCAGGCCACAGACAGAAGAUCCAUUCAUCAACUUGGUUGAAUUCAGUGCUAUCUACCGAAAACCAUUUGCGCAGUACUAUCUAGUUGAUUUGAUGGGAAGUCUUGAAAAUAUUGGCGAGGUCUACACCCAGUGUUUUCCAGAUGGAGAAACAAAGCGAGUUCUUGAGUUCACACUUAAGGAUGCAGAGGAUUAUUCCUUCCAAUGCUUUGCAUAUGGUGACUUUGCUGUGGACAUCAAAGAACGAUAUGAACUGACUAUCCAUGAACAUGAAAACACUGGCUUCUCUCGCUUCUUACUUGCUCCACCCAUCGAUCAAGUUUAUAAGUUCAGGAACAAGAUUACCAAAAAAAUGAUGACUGCAUCUUCAACUCAAGGAACUUGCGCAACUAAAGUCGACUAG